CUAUUUCUAUUUUCUCUCUCCCACGAUCGCAAGCCCACUUUUUCUUCUUUCUUCUCUCAUUUUUCUCCCAUCUCUCACGCACAGCAUACUUGAGCUCAUCUCACCACAAGGUCAUCGACCCCAACGUCGCAGUCCAACGAGCCCACGCCAGAUCCUUCCCGUCCGUCCAGUCCCACACCAUCUCUCCAUCAAGCGUCCUUCCUCUAUUUGGAUUCCUCUCCGCCCCAUCUCAAAAUUUCAACGAAACAAACGAAACGUUGUCGCCGACUCUGAAACUUUCUUCGCAAGUCUAACCUCUUCGUGUGCCAUAUCAAGUACCCCUUAUAUAUAAUUCCUAUUCUCUAUUUCUGAUCCUCGAAAAGAAGAAAACAAGAAAAUUUUUGAGCUCAGGGAAGUCCAAGGAGAUGACAACUAUAAGGAAUGUACCCACAGAAAGUGUUUGAUGAAAGGCCUGAAUGUGAUCUCUUGGAUGGAUUCACAAGUACAAGGAGAUGUGUCAUUCAUAGAUCUUUUACAAGGAGAUACUGACAUGGACAACUCAUUUUUGGAUGAAUCUCAACAAGCUUCAAUGUCCAUUGAUCACUCUCAACCCCAAGUUAUAGCUCGCACUAAGAAACCACAACGGGGUACCAACUUCUCUAUGGAGGAAGACAAGCUAUUGGUAUCGUCGUGGCUAAAUGUUGGCAUGGAUGCAGUGCAAGGGGCUGAUCAAAAACAUCGCCAAUUUUGGGAAAGAGUUCACAAAUAUUUCCAUGAACAUAAGGAGUUCCCUUCUGACCGAAAUUAUGGCUCCCUAAUGAAUAGGUGGUCAACUAUUCAAAAAUCAGUUACUAUGUUUACUGCAUGCCUAUCUCAAAUUGAGCAUCUCAACCAAAGUGGUACUACUGAGCAUGACAAGAUUCAAAAGGCAAAGUGUGUGUAUCGCUCAAAGAAUAACAAUGUAGUUUUUCCAUAUGAACAUUGUUGGAAUUUAUUAAAGGGGGAACAGAAGUGGUUACACCAUGGCAACAAGGACAAACGAAGAAGAAGAUCAUCUAUGGAAACAUCUGCUAAUGUCACUCAUACUCCAGAUUCGAUAAAUGAAGGUGAGGGGGACAAUGUGUCGCAUGGUAACAAUGUAGACUUUGAGAGACCAAUAGGCAAAAAAGCCGAAAAGGCAAACAGAAGAGGAAAGAGCAUCCCUCCGAAGAUGUUGUGGAAUUCAUGAAGAAAAAAACAGAAUGUCUUGAGGAAGCGCGUGUUCAAGGAGAAGAGAUAAUUCGCUUGGAAAAAGAAAAACUUCAUUUGGAACAAUUGGAUCGUGAGAAGAUAAUGGAUAUUGAAUUGAAAAAACUUCAUUUGCAAGAGUUGGAGUUGUAAUAGAAAAUGGAUAUGGAAAGGCAAAAGCUUCAAGCGGAACAAAUGGAUCGCUAGAAGAUAAUGGAUUUUGAAAGGAAAAGGCUUCAUUUGCAAGGCUUGGAGCGGGAAGAGAAGAUGGAUAUUGAAAGGAAAAAGCUUCAAUCGGAACAAUUGGAUCGCGAAGAGAGAGCAAUGAUUCUUGAUACAAGCAAGAUGACAGAACUACAACAACAAUAUUGGAAGGCACGCCAAAAUGAAAUUAUUGAGUGUCAAGAAUCAAGAAAGUCGACAUGAUUUGCUCUUGUACUCUCUUUGUUGUGUUGUAAUUCUCUUCUUGCGCUUUAAUGUUCAGUCCCUGUAUGCACACUUCUGGCUGUGUAGUUUCUGGUUUUAACACUC